AAUGACAUUAGACACUGACACUGACAGAAGGUGGCGUAAAAAUAAACAAUUUAAAAAAUAUAAAUAAACAUGUGACUAAUAAAACGGUUCUAAAAUGAUUUAAAUGCAAAUUUUAAAAAAUUAUUCUAGACGUGUACACAUUAUAGAAAUGAUGCAUUAAUGCAUUGAUUGAAUCAUUCUUAGAAACGUGUAAGACAAAGGUUAAGAAAUAAGAAAUUGUUUAUUCUUUAUUUGCAGAUGAUUACAGAUAAAGAGGUCAUGUUGUGAUUUGUGAUUCUGAAAGUGGAAGUGAUCUGUACCAAAGACAUGUUGUAUUUAAAGCAGUUUUUACUGCUUUUAGUAUGCCUUACUGGGGCUAUACAAGGAGAUGAAGAACCCCGCGAAAUUAAUGGUGAUGUUAAUAAUGAUAUUAUCUCCGCAAUUUUGAAAUAUUUAGGUGAACAUAAUAAAUUUUAUUCUUAUACAAGUGGCAGUGUCGUCCAUUCCUUUUUAAAGGCUAACAAAUUAGAAGUUACCGCUGAUAUUGAAACAUCCUGUAAUCAUCCUUGUACAGGAGGCAUCAUAAGAUGCGACAGUAUUUUUCGAAAAGCGCCAGAUGGAGAUAUCUGGAAUGUUGCUGGAGUAGUGUGUGCUCCUCAAGAACCACACUUCGAUGAGGUAAAAGAAACAAACCCAGUAGUCCACAGAGAACCCAUAGAGGAAUUAAAGAAAAUUGCUAAUCAAAAUGAAGAAAUACCUCAAAAGCCAACUCAAUAUAAUAGACCUUGUUUAGGAUGCCCUUUGGACAUUGAUAUACACGCCGCAGGUGUAAACGGCUUAGUAUCGGCAGCUUUGAAACAUGUUGAGAGUGAACACAAUGAAAAACAUAUUCUGCUCAGAGUUCUAAGGGUGCAACAACAGGUAGUAGCUGGUAUAAAAUACAUCCUACUAAUUGAAAUUGCCCCAACAAUAUGCUCAAAGAAUGUUGAUUUACUUACUUGCCCUGUAGAUCAAAGUAAAGAAAGCUUAAUUUGCGAAGUUGAAUAUUGGGAAAAACCUUGGGAACACAGCUCUCUUAUUAUCAAAAAUAAUUGUACAAGUUCACAAAAUUACAAAGUGGAAGACCCUGUAAAUACAACUAAAAAACCAGUUCACAGAGAUUUAGAACCCGAUUUUAUGGCAGAACUAGAAUCUCAAAUUAUUCCUGAGCAAGAGUUAAACCAAAACAAACAUUCAUUGAGUACUAAUGAAAUUCCUCAAGAAGCACCUAUUAAUUAUUAUGAAGUAGAUUAUGCAGGUCAAGAACCCGAAGUGAUAAUACAACGAAGAUUUGUAAGAGAAGUGAAAGAUGCAAGUAGCAGCAGUAGUUCAUCUAGCAGCUCAUCAAACAAAGAUAAAGGCAAAUUAAAAAAAGAAAAUCUCGGUGGCAGUUCCAAUUCAAGUUCCAGUAGUUCAUCGUCAUCAUCCUCAUCGUCACAUGAGAAGAAUAAAAUCAAUGACGAUUCCAGCAGCAGUAGUUCCGAGAAUAAUGACAGACAUAAAAAGGAACAGGCAAGUAAUGUCAAAGUCCAAAGGUUAAUUAAAGAUUCAGACAAGAAUGAGCAACAAAUUGACAAUGAUCUAAUUGAUAUCAUUCGUAAACAACUGAAUUCAGCAAAUAUUGAUGUAGUUGGUAAAUCAAAAGUAGUUUUGGACGAAACCCAUUACAAAGUAGAUCUGUUGGUAGAGAAAGACCAUGAAGUCGAAGAAUGUAGUGCUUUUAUAACUGUAGCAGAUAACAUCAAUGGUUCAACGAUUGAUAAAAUAGUUUGUGGAAAAGACAGAUUUAAACGACAACUUGCGGGUGGUAUUCAACCAACUGCAAAAGAUAGUCCCAAAUUAAAGAGUUUUUUGGAAAAAGGUCUAUUGCAAUUGGACUCUCAAUCUGCUCAUACGACCAGAUAUAAGAUCAAAGAAGUUUUAUCUGCCACUUCACAAGUUGUGAGUGGAGCUCUUUAUAGAGUUAAAGCUAAGGUAGUCCUUUCAGACUGUGAAAAAGGUAAAGAUGUCGAUCUUGAAACUUGUGGUACACAUCAAGAUCCUCAUGAGCAAAUUUGUGAUUUUAAAAUUUGGAGUCAACCAUGGCUGCCAAAUGGUACACAGACUAAUAUGACUUGUGAAUCUGGCAAACUUUCUUUUAGAGCCAAGAGAGAAAUAAGAUUGGAUGAAGAUGUAAUUGCUGAGAUCAAAUUUAUGGAUUUCGUGGAUACAUUUGGAAAGGAAUAUACAAACAGAAUGGAGUAUGUUCAUCGUUUAAAAGUUUUUAAGGAUAACCUGAGGCGUAUUCACUUGCUAAACAAAUAUGAAAAAGGUACCGCUCAUUACACUGUAACCAAAUUUGCCGAUCUCACCCCCAAAGAAUUCUCUCAGCUUCAUGGGUUACGCAUGGAUCUCCAGAACGAAAAUGAGAUUCCCUUUCCUGAAGCUGAAAUUCCUGAUAUCGAACUUCCUACAUCAUUCGAUUGGCGCGAUAAAAAUGCCGUAACAGAGGUAAAAGAUCAAGGAUCGUGCGGAAGUUGCUGGGCAUUUAGUACCACUGGCAACGUUGAAGGCCAAUACGCCAUUAAGUAUAAGAAAUUAAAAGAAUUUUCCGAACAAGAAUUGGUAGAUUGUGAUAAGCUAGAUGAAGGAUGCAAUGGCGGAUUGAUGGACAAUGCAUACAGAACCAUAGAAAAAAUAGGAGGUCUAGAAUUAGAAAGCGACUAUCCCUAUGACGCAGAAGACGAAAAAUGUCAUUUCAGCAAAGCCAAAGUCGCCGUCCAAUUAUCAGGAGCUUUAAACAUAAGUCACGAUGAAACCGAUAUGGCUAAAUGGUUGACCCAAAACGGACCCAUUUCGAUUGCAAUAAACGCAAAUGCCAUGCAGUUCUAUGCGGGAGGUGUUUCUCACCCCUGGAAAACGCUUUGCAAUCCGAAGGAUCUUGACCAUGGAGUUUUAAUUGUUGGAUACGGAGUUCACACAACCAGCAUAACAAAGAAGGUCCUUCCUUAUUGGAUAGUUAAGAAUUCGUGGGGCAAGACAUGGGGCGAACAAGGAUAUUACAGAGUGUAUAGGGGAGAUGGUACUUGUGGUCUCAAUCAGACACCAUCCAGUGCCGUUGUCGUUUAAAUUCUCAUAUUCAUUAGUAAAAUGCAAUUGUUUAAUUUCUUGUUUCUUUUUUAUUGAAUGAAGUAUUUUUUUACAUAAUAAUAAUAAUUAUUUUAUUUUUGCUUCAGUUGACUUGGCGGCUAAAAAUAAAUUUUAGUUGAAACAAUUGGAUUCUAAUAUUUAUCAUGAACAAAUUAA